UGAUGAUGUUAUUUCACUGGGUUGGAAAUUCCUAAUUAAGAAGGUAUAAAACCUUGGCAGGAAAAAAAAAAAGGUCUAGCAUCAUUCGGAUUUAAAGGUGGCUUAUUACCAGGAGCAAGAGAAAAGAAUUAACUGCAAUAUGGUGAUGUUAAAAGCAGUGUUAUUAUUUCAACUCGUCCUAGUGGUAAAAUCACAGAAAAAAGUACCAGUCCAAUUUGUCACUGAGAAAUACAUUCAUUCAGAAAGUACAGAAAUCAACCAUUUUAAUCUGCGCUUGUGUGGAGGAUGUCUGUACGAUCACCAAAAUGCAAACGUGAAUUUUAACCUACCGGACAAACCAUGGAGUCCUGUUCUCAGUUACUUUCUAAGGGCAUAUGUAUACGAUCAGCAUAAUCAUCUAAUAGCGGUCAACAAAGACACAGCGGGUAACUUUAUUGAGUCAUUUACAUUCCCCUACUAUAAAACGUAUGGCGACUUGCACAUAGAGGUGACGACGGCUCAAGUAACAGGUGGCAUCAAUUACAACGUCGUUGUCAAAUUUGAGAAGAAUGCAACAAUGGAAAGAAACAAACCAAGUUGUCAACCACGCUAUGUAUCAAGCACGAGUGAGGUGAUGAACUGGGAAGCGUACAAAAGGAAUGUGCACAUGGAACUUGCAAUGAUCGGCAACACCUACGAUCUAGUCUCCAUCUUUAAGACGACAAAGCCUGGGACAGUCCCUACACAUGGAAGUGUACUGCUGGAGUUAGAUUACUGCUUCAACCCAGCCGAGUUACCAGGUUACGUGGAAAUAUCCGUUUUUGCAAAUAAUGAAUUAUCGGGUUUCGGAACAUACGCAUGCCCAGGUAGUGUGCGGCCAUGCACGACGGAAAGCACAAAGUUUUAUGACGUGUCUGGUGCGGCGGUCAACUUUGUACAUGUCGAUAUGACGCAAGCGAAGGAUAUGGGACCUGUUCAAGUCAUCAUCGUUGGUAAUGGUAGAUCCGGUGGAAUUAAUAACUUCACCUUAGGCGCAUCUAGAUACAGCAAACACACCUAAAAACUUAAUAUGUUAUCUUUUGUUUCUACUUUUUGUGUGGUGAUUUGGAGAAUAAUUUAGUGUCUUUGCA